AAACUACGUUACAUCUCUCUACGUCCUCGCAGACUGCCGGAUGAGUAUGCCAAAAAUGGCAGCGCGCUUAUCACACGUGAAAAAAAUAUAAACCUGAUUAAAAUUGUCACUAGUCUUUCAAAAUUUUACGAAAACAAUUUACAAAAGCUUUUGUUAUUGAACGUUUUUAGGAAGCGGUUGUGUGCAGUUUGACUUUCGUAGUUAGCGAAUAGCAUCGGAUCGACAUUGAGAAACUAGCAAUUUUAAAAAAAAAUGUUGUAAAGCAGGAUUUUUUUUUAAAAAGAACACCACAUUUCGUUAAUUAGAUGUCUCAAGGAUGUAUAGUGUUAAUGUGUGGUUUGCCAGGCAGCGGCAAGUCCACUUUAGCUUCUAUGAUGCAGUCUUAUGCUGCACAGUACCACAUUGGUGACCCAGCUGUCUUCCACAUUCCCUAUGACAAUCUCGUCCCAGUGGAAAGCAUUACUGAACUGAUUUACCUGAAAACAAACCAGGAGGAGGGCUCAUCUUGGAAGUCUGUGCGAGGCCAGGUGUUGUCCUGUGUUGACUGCCUGUUAAAUUAUUUUCUAACUCAUCUGCAUCCUGAGAAUGUACAACAGCAAUAUAAUUUGCCUGAUACAGAAACGUUGGCAAGCCAUGCAAUAAAAAGAGAUGUGAAAACAGAAAGUUGUAGCUGUAAUGACAGCUCAGAAUGUAAAAGACUCACAAAACCUGCAGAUGUGGAUGAUAUCCUAUGGCAAAGGUUCAUUGAAGGUUUUCACAAAGAUUUGUCCAUCAAUAAUCUCAAUUUUCACAAACAAGAAGGGGUUAAACUACAGUCAUGGCUUCUUCUGAUUGAUGACAACCUGUAUUACAGCAGUAUGCGCUAUGACUACUUUAAAUUAUCCAGGAAAUACAACCAAGGGCUGUGCAUUCUUCACCUGUUUUGUGAAUUAGAGAUGGCACUAAAUAGAAAUGCAGCACGGUCAGUGGGCAGGGUAGAGGAAGCUGUCAUCAGAGCUAUGGGGGAACGAUUUGAACCUCCUGAUUCUGGCAAACGAACGUGGGAGAAACACAGCUUAACCCUUGAUACUUGUACAGCCAUUGAUCUAGAUAGCAUCUUUCAUCUUGUAAAUCUGGCGAGAAAUGAGCUUCAGCUGAAAAGUCCAGAGGAUGAAGAGGGGAAAAACAUUAGUCGCUACAUUUCUUCAACAAAUAUGUUUUAUCAAAUCGAUCAGAUCUUGCGCAGAUGCAUGGCAAAGCAGAUGGCUGCAUUAAAAGUGGGCAUCAUGGCUGAUGAUUAUAAUUUGGAAAAUACAAUAAAGAAACACAAAUUUGAGUAUGGUUGGUUUAUUUACCAGGUUCAUUGGUAUGCAAAGAUAAGUUGCAGUACCUUGCAUCAAGGCUUUCAGAUAACAGGAAAGACCUUCUGGAGAGGUUGAAGAAAGGUGAAAUUCCUGUUCCUUUCGAUACCACUACAGAAUGCAUCUCUGACAGCAGCAAGUGUAGUGAUAGUAAACUUUUUAUUUUUAUCGAAGAGCUCUUCGAAAAACACUGUAAUUUAACAUAAAUAAAUAGAGUAGUCAAGGAAAAGUCUUAUAUUUGCUGAUUUGUCUUUCUUAAGUUUAGUUAAAAUAUAUUUAUGUCUUUCUUUUUUAAGGGGUUACAUGAUUUUUGCAGAAGCAUAUUCAUCAUUCUCUAACUUUGAAGCAUAAUGUAAUCAUGACAUUUACAUGUCUGUUAACAACAUUAGGUUGCCACAACAGAUUUCUAAUUUAUGCAUUGAAUGUGUUUAUUAAUACUAUGAAAAUUAUGCAUUCCAUUGUUAUUCAUUCAUUUGUUAAAAACAAACAAAAAACUAGAAAUCUUAAAACGCCUUGACUGACUUUUUUUAAUUGGAGCCUUUUUUUAGUGAAAAAAACCCCAAUAAUUGACUUUGUACUGAAAUGAAAGAACCAUAUCCUUUAUUCUUGUUUGUGUGUGUUUCUUUUCAGUAAUAGUGCUUUGAGCCCACCUUUAAUGGUGGGGAAAAGCGAUAUUCAAAUUGACUUUAUUAUUGUCUUUUAUGCCUAUAAAGAAAACGUUUUAGUUGUGGGAAAAGAAGAAUGCAUGCAGAAAUAACCACGUAUCAUGAAAUGUUCACGCAAUAAACCAGAUAACAUUUAAAGUCUGUGUACUAAGUUUCUUAGCUACCAUUGCUUCAAUGCAAAAAUCAAAAUGCUAAGGAAAAAGCAAAAAAAAAAAAAAA